UAUUUUUGGGUUUUUAUUUGCUUAUAAUAAUACAGAUAAGUUGAAUACGUGCUACAUCUGCCGCUACAGAAAUGUUUGGUUUGGCCAGAUUGUCAAGAAAUUGGAAACAUUCUAACUUACUGACCCAACGCUCCAGAUUAUUUAGCACUAUCGACUCAAAAAAUGUCGAUCAAAAUCAGGAGGGAAUACCUGAUAUUUCCGAAAAGGGUGGUUUUGCUAAGGCGUUUGAAAAACAGUCGCAAAUUCUAGAUACACAGGAACCUGCAGUCAACCACUCAUUCCCAUCUCUACUAAGGAAUUCUAAGUUUAUGGAUUUAGGAGAUCCGUCUGGCAAACUGGUCAUAGGCAAAAUAUUUCAUGUUGUGGAAGAUGAUUUAUACAUAGACUUUGGUUGGAAAUUCCACUGUGUGUGUACCCGCCCUACGAAUAGAGGUGACGAAUACGUCCGGGGAGCGAGAGUAAGGAUUCAGAUAAAGGACUUGGAGCUAUCGUCUCGUUUCCUCGGAUCAAGCACGGACCUCACACUGCUGGAAGCUGACUGCAAGCUGCUAGGUUUAGUUUCUACGCCCUCACGAGCUACAGUUACUGAGAAACAGCAGUGAGGUAAGUAAUCAUCAGUCACAGGCUUAGAACCAACAACUAAUGUGUAUUUUUGAUAUAGUUGAGUAGAUUAUCUGUUUCUGAACUUUAUGAUGUAUUUAAUGAGAAAUUAAUGUAGUAUUUAUUUCUUAUGCUAAAGCAGUUUAAGGAGUUUAAAAAAAAAUUGUUGCUUGUUUUAAGAAUGUUAAAUAUUUUGAAUUCAUUACUUAUUUUUUAAUAAACUCAUUAGUAUGUAAUAUCCAAAAUUGGUAUAAACAUUUAUCAAAGCUCUAUUAUUGACUGUAAGUCUGUGUGGUUUACUUAUUCUGUAAAUAUAGUGUAGAUAAUUCUUACUUGUACAAUAAAUGUAAUUUUAAUAGUAUAUUGC